CAACAUCCACACAGAUAUAUUACUCGGCAACCAAUGCAACGCUUUACUGAAUCAACAACUGUAUGCGACUGAAAUUAAAAAAUAUACAAAAGCGAUGACACACACACAGAGGCAGAGAAUGUUCCCCGCUGCAUGACUGACUAACUAUUCUCCUCCUCUAAUUGGGUUAAAGGAAUCUGUUUUAAACACACCCACCAGUCUCACGAGGAAACUGCUCACUGCAUUACUACCAACAAACAAGUCAGGCCGAAAGACAGAGGAAGACAGAAUCCAUGUACAACAGCAGAUAAAAGAUCUGGAGCAAGAGGCGAAAACAGAGGAAGCGAAAAGCAGGAGGAAUAUAUUGAUACAGAACAGCACUGAAUAUUUAAGUGGGACAUUUUUAUUUAUAGAAACAAACGCACAGGCUGGCUGACUGCUGAUUCACUGUUGCUAAUAUUUAACACGAUCUUUCCUUUCGGACUGGGAUUAACAUUUUCAUCAGGUAAUUUUAGCAACACCAACUGGGGCUGACCUAUUAUGAUCCAGCUUAAUGCUGCCAAGCUAAGUUUCCUCAUCUGUUUGGGUCUAUGUCUUUGUACCUUAAUAUACGUGAAGACCAAGGUGCCCAGCCUACAGGCGGAGGAAGCAGUGGAUACGGCAGUGUGCGGGAUUCACCCCGAUGAACUGUGCAUGUCCCUCUUCGACGGCGAGGAGCUCGGGAGCGAAUGCCUGAAGCUCCACAAACCGGAAACGCUUCUGCUGGGAGCCAAGCUGAACUGCUCCCGCUUGGCAGAGGACCUGCAUUUCAUUACCAGCCCUCUAAGCAAAGAGGAGGAAGAAUACCCCCUGGCCUACAUCAUAACCAUCCACAAGGAGCUGGAGAUGUUCAUAAGGUUGCUCAGGGCCAUCUACGCCCCUCAGAACGUGUACUGCAUCCAUGUGGACGAUAAGUCACCCGAGGAUUACAAAGCUGCCGUCAGGAGUCUGACUGACUGCUUCCCUAACGUCUUCCUAGCCUCCAAAGCAGAGAAGGUGGUAUAUGGAGGAUUCUCCCGGCUUCAGGCCGACAUGAACUGCAUGAAGGACCUGGUGCGCUUCCCAGUGCCCUGGAAGAGUGUCAUAAAUCUCUGCGGCCAGGACUUCCCCACCAAAACCAACCACGAGAUAAUUCAGAACCUGCAGGGCAAGCAGUGGAGGGGGAAGAGUAUAACACCCGGGGUGAAGCAGCCACCCACCAUGAGCCAUAGGACACAGAACCAGCACAAGGAGAUAAUGAACCCAAAGGACCCCCAUGUGCAGCGGCUAAACUUAAAGAAAGGGAGGCCCCCACAUGACCUGGUCCUCUACUUUGGGAACGCUUACUAUUCUCUCACACGGCCAUUCGUAGAAUUCGUCCUAAAGGAUCAGCGUGCAAAGGACCUGCUGGAGUGGUCCAAGGACACCUACAGCCCAGAUGAACACUACUGGGUGACACUCAAUCGUUUACCAGGGGCUCCAGGAGCAGACCCAGAAGCAGGAUGGGAGGGCAAUGUUCGCUCAAUAAAAUGGAGGGACCAGGAAAAAAAGGCACAUGACGGGUGUAAAGGGCACUACAUUCGUGACAUCUGUGUUUAUGGACCCGGGGACUUGAAAUGGGUCAUAGAACAAGACAACAUGUUUGCCAACAAGUUUGAGCUGGAGACCUAUCCUCUUGCUGUGGUGUGUAUGGAGCGCUGGCACCGUCUUAAAGUCCUGGAGCAGGCAAAUGUCACCAUAAAGCCUGCCUGGCAGCUACAGAAUGAGAGCUACAUCGGAAUGAGGCUCAACGCUUCUAUAGAGCCGUAGAUACGGAACGCCCUGCUGUCUUCUGCAACAAGGGAUUUCAUUAUUCUGGAUAAAAAAACUACUUCAAUAACAACAACAACAACAAAAAGAAAGGCUUCUACAUAGGAAGCCACUUGAAAGAUUUUCUUUUUUUUUUACGGUUUUCUUUGCAGAGCAGAAACCAAGCAGAUUAGUAUUAUUAUUUAUUUAUUGUUGUUACAACACUUAAAACAAGGAACAUAGGGUUAAGACACCCAAAGAAAUUCCAAUGGCUCACCAACACGCACAGCGCUUCUUCAUAAACUGAAGGACUACUUUCAAUGCUGAGAAAUGUGUAUUGGGCAGACUUUAAAAUACAAAAAACAGGAAUGUAGAAUAUGAACUGAAUAUUAUUGUUCAGCAGCAGUAAUAUUUAUUUAUUUAUUUAUUUAUUUUUUAAAAGUUUUACUAUUUUAAGGUAAACAAUUACAAGAAAUAAAACAAUGUAUAUACUUGUAAUUAUGUUGAACUAAGUGGGUUGACUGAUUAAGUACUGUAUGGAAAUUGAAAUAUGCUUCCCGCUUGCAUAAAGGGAACAGCCCUAUUAUACCACCUAUAAUAUGUAGCAGUGUGUAAUAAAAAUGUAAUGUAAAAUUAAAUAAUGGAAAAGAUGUAUGAAAGUAAUUAUUGAAAAUUAUUAUUAUUUAUUACCACAUUUUACACUUGGUUAAUGGACAGUUACAACAAUGUGUUUUAUGAUAGUAUGCACUAUUUCACCAAGGGCACAUAUAUGUUUAUCAAUAAAAUUUCUAGA